CACCCAGUAUCGCAGGGAAAGCGACGGACGCCACGACGCGUGACAGCGUGACGGCUCGCAGGCAGAGGCAGAGGCAGAGGCAGAGGCGGGUGCUGGUGCCUGGGGCUAUGAGUGGCGGCGAGAGGGGAACAGAGGGAAGAGAUGAUACACCGGCCGCGCCGAACCGCCGAGCGAGAGAAGGUAGCUGCUGCGUGCGCGAGGAGGAGGACGAGAUGCAGGGCGGCGGCGGCGGCGUGGAGCAGCAGCCGAUGCAGAUGGUGCUGCGGGUGAAGCACCCGACGUCGUCGUCGCUGGGCGACGAGGAGGAGGAAGGCGAGGGCUCGUCGAGGUCGGCGCUCUCGGUGUUCAAGGCCAAGGAGGAGCAGAUUGCGAGGCGCAAGAUGGAGGUCCGGGAGAAGGUGUUCGCGCACCUCGGGCGCGUCGAGGAGGAGUCCAAGCGGCUCGCCUUCAUCAGGCAGGAGCUGGAAGGCAUGGCGGAUCCGACGCGGAAGGAGGUGGAGUCGAUACGGAAGAGGAUUGACACGGUGAACCGUCAGCUCAAGCCUCUCGGCAAGAGCUGCGUCAAGAAGGAGAAGGAAUACAAGGGGGUCCUGGAGGCGUACAACGAGAAGAGCAAAGAGAAAGCGCUGCUAGUCAACAGGCUAAUCGAGCUGGUGAGCGAGAGCGAGAGGAUGCGGAUGAAGAAGCUUGAGGAGCUCAACAAGACAGUAGACUCACUCUACUAGACGCCAGCUGAUGCUCACCUCCACCGAGAGCUCGCUCGCCGCCUCCCUGUAAUCUCAGUGUGCCAUAAGGACUCGGGACUUGUUCAAGGUGUUGCUUGUAACUGAUGUUUCUCAUUGAGUGAUUCUUCCUUCUUCUUUCUGUUCCUUUUGUUUCUUUUCUUUCAUCAGCUGGUUUGAGUCUCGUUGUACUGUCACUGUCGAGUAAAACUGACGUAUUUAAGCAGCAACGAAGUACCAGGAACAAGGCUGAAAAAGAGGAGGGUGGCCUGUCGACCGUACUACGACAUAUAGUGUUUGUUCAGAGUAGUUGUCCCUUCCGUUUUUGUGCUGAUGGUGAUGCAAA